UCGAAGGCGUCCGGGAACAUUCGAAAGUGCGAGUUGAACUGGUACGUCGAGUACCGAGGGACGGUGACUUCGACGAAAUUAACCACGUGUGCGUCGUAAUUUUCACUUUCUCAUGAUUUUCUUUUAUGGAAAGGUGGGCUGCAAGCUUGACACUAAUUUGCGACAACUUGGAUACAGCACUUCGGGGAUGUAACUACCGAAACAAAGACUGCAGUCAACACUGGCCUCACGUCGGCUGCCAUCUUGAAGCUCUUCCGGUUACUUUGCUCGCUUCGCCAAAUGCUUGAUUCCCUACGGCUGGCCCCGAUGCAACACGCCACAGUCACAUCUUGACAUCCCACCAUUUAAUUUUAGUCAUUGUUUUGAUGCUGAAAAGAGUGUUGGCUGCAUUCUCCAAGAGAUUAAAGAAUCUUGGAAUGGCCGAAAUGAGAGUAACACAAUCAGAGGUGAUUACCGAGAAAAGGCCACUUGAGGACUCUGGUGAAAGUGAAGCUGUAACAAAGAAAGCUAAGUCUGAGGUUCCAGCUCUUGGUCAAGGUCGCCCAAACAAGAAGCACAAGGUUGCACUUCUUUUAGCAUACUGUGGAGCAGGCUACUACGGCAUCCAAUUCCAGAAGGGUAAUGAAUUCAAGACCAUUGAGAGUGAGCUGAUGAGGGCUCUGGUGCAAGCUGGUGCCAUACCGCAAGAACAUGCAGACACACCACAACAGAUGUGUUUUCAGAGAGCUGCUCGCACAGAUAAAAACGUGUCAGCUAUUGGAAAUGUAGUAUCCUUGAAGAUGAUAGUAACAGAAAACUGCAUAGAAAAAAUCAAUUCACACCUUCCACCAGAAAUACAAGUCAUAGCAUGUCGCCGCACAACUCGAGGAUUUGACAGCAAGAAUUACUGCUCAGCUCGCACAUAUAAGUAUAUGCUUCCCACAUACUCCUUUGCCCCCAUUGAAAAGUUCAUCACCAAAGAUUACAGAAUAACUGGGGAUAUCCUUCUGCAUGUGAGAGAAAUCUUGGCCAUGUACAAGGGUACUCACAACUUCCACAAUUUUACAUCUGGCAAAAAACCAAAUGACCCCAGUUCUAAACGUUACAUCAUCAUGUUUGAGUGUGGAGAACCUUUCGUGCGGGAUGGAGUGGAAUUUGUUGUGUUGACAGUUAAAGGCCAAAGUUUUAUGUUGCACCACAUCAGAAAAAUGAUUGGUUUGAUGAUUGCAAUUGUGAGAGGAUGCUGUGGUGUUGAUGUCCUUGAGAAAUCAUGGGCACCAUAUAGAAUAGACAUUCCAAAGGCACCUGGUUUAGGGUUGUUUCUUGAUAAGCUGUUCUUUGAUGGCUACAACAAAAAAUUUGGGAAGGAUGGCAUACAUGAACCUAUGGAAUGGGACGAGUACCAGGAAGCUUUGGAGAAGUUCAAGGAAGAGCGUGUUUUGUCUCACAUUUCGAAAGCAGAGAAAGACCAGGGAGUGAUGAUGCAGUGGCUGGCCACACUGCAGUAUCAUAAAUUCGAUAUCAUUGACCCAAAGAUGGGUGCACCACUAGAAGGCGAGAAGGAUCCAAAUUGGUGGAGAACCAGACGAUUACUGGAAGAGAUGGACAAAGCCAGGGCAAAUUCCCCCUCAGACACAAAGGCUGCUCAGGAAAAGGAAGUCGAAGAAAAUCAGGACCAGAUGGAAGACAAAACAAUGAAUGAUGACAACAAGCAAUGUACAGAGUAAAUACAAUGUGGAGUGUUCUGUGAAUGCAGAUUUGAACAAGCAGUGAACAAACAAGCAAAACUUUUUCAGCGAAUGAUAUACCAUUAUGUCAGAAUGAAGUGCAGAGCAGGUCAUAAUAUAUGGUAUUCCUAUUUAUGUGCUUUGUAGCAUAUACUUACUGAAUGAUAGCACAAGAGGAAUGAUCUUAGAGGAAUAAAGGACACAAAUGUU